AUGUUGCACGCGUUACAACGCUUCAAGGUUCACGAUUGGGACCGAAACAAGGACUUCCUUCCAGUUCAAGUUGAGGGGAAACAAUGCCACGAAUCCAAAAUCCGGGAUAAUGAUCUUGAAACGGUGGAUCUGUUGCUUCACACCAGUCACGACGAAAGGGUGACAGACUACGGACUACAAGGACGGGCCAUCAAUGUGGUCUCCGUCACUAGCGAGGCGCUCGCCAAAAAAUACCCAAACCCUCAGGAUGGCAUGGUGGCCAAGAUCUUUUGGGGAGAGGAGGGUCGUAAUAGCGAGCCAAAAAUCUUCGACAAAGUUGAGCAGAUCGCUAAUGUGCACCCGACCGUCCAAGGGCACAUUCCUGAGCUGCCCUGGCACCACUGGGUUGACGAAUCCCACGUCCGCCAUACAAAGUACUCGGUGUCCCAGAACCCACCACGGGCAGUCGCGUGCUCUACAUCCUUGUAUUCAGGAAGCUCUAUUCCAUCACGAAGCUUUACGGCGAAGAGCUUUUUGAUGUCUGGCGUCAAUGUAUCCUAUCAUACAAGUCACCUCACUCUAUGGAAGGAAGGGGUCUAUAAUCGAGAUAUCACCCCUAGAAACUUGAUGUGGUAUAGGAAAACCGGAAAACUGAUUGGUGUCUUAAAUGACUAUGAUCUAUCUUCAUUGGCGGAUGACCCGGGUCUUCGGGGAAAUGAACGUACGGGCACGGUACCAUUCAUGGCCCUCGAUCUUCUCACUGCAAAGGCUCAACGAGGCGAAGGAGUCCUUCUACCAGGGAAAUCACGCCUUCUUGACGAGUGGGCGACUUUAGACGCCAUUCCAUAUGGCAAGGAAAAGUUGUUCUUUCUGUUCGAUUGUUUCAGUUAUCAACCCCCAGACCUCCAAACUUCUCAAUCGGACAUAGGUUGGUCCUUAUGGGAUCUUCUUAUGGAUUGUUUCAAAGUGCUCGAUACAGAUGCCUACAAUCGCCGUAGUCGCAUUCGCCAUCUUCGCCGUGUUCAGCAGCGAUUGAUGGAAGGAUCAGGUGAGCAGCUAGACGCCAAGGAAACGAUAGCAGAUAUGGAUCAUAUGCUAGGCAAAUUCACAGGGAGUAUGGCCUGGGUAAAGCUCAGCAACCUUUCAGCUCCACAGUGA